GGUUAGGUCCAACUGAGGCGAUAAAAGCAUCAACAGAAUAUGUCUGCUCAAAACUGUCCCAAUCGACUACAAAAUAUAAAAGAAACAAGCUUCAUAAACGUGAUGAAUUUUACGUCGAACCAGAAUUGAAAGGCAUUGGAACUCGAUUCGAGAUACAAAAACCAAAUGCCCUACAACCUGCAUUACCUGUCCGUUUGCAAUGCACUUUUCCAUACAUUUCAAUUUUGCAAUCGUUGAAGUGUGCCUUCAAGAACAAAUCGUUUUUAGAAACAUAUCUUGAAUACAAUAAGCAUGGAAAUGGACAUACCUGUAAAGAAGGCGAUUACAUUGACUUUUGCUGUGGAAGUGUGUACAAAAGCAGAUCAAUUUUUCAAAAAUUCCCAAAUAGUCUCCAAAUUCAAAUUUUCUUGGAUGACUUUGAACCAUGUAACCCGUUGGGAUCCAAAGCAACACUACACAAAAUAUGCGGUGUGUAUUUUUCAGUUCGAAAUAUGCCACAAAAUUCAAAAUUAAGUAGCAUUUAUCUAAUUGCAUUGUGCAACAGUGAUGAUUUAAAAACCAAGUCUACAGAUUACAAUAAUUUAUUGCGAUUAAUUGUCGAAGAUCUGAAAGUGCUCGAGGUUGAUGGUAUCAACGUGAGCAGUGAUCUGAAUUUAAAAGGUACUCUUGGAGUUUUUUCGGCUGACAACCUCGGAGCAAACGGAGCGUUUGGAUUCGUUGAAAGUUUUGGAAGUGCCAAUAUACAUUUCUGUAAAAUUUGUGAAUUACCAAAAUAUCGCUGUCAAACUGCCUGUAAAGAGGAUAUUUCGGCAAUGAGAACAAUAAAAAACUAUGAGGUACACUUGGAAACAAUUUCCAAUUCAACAAAAGUUAAUUUGGAACAAACAAAAGGCAUUAAACGCGAUUGUGACUUGAACAAAUUGAAAUAUUUUCAUACUAUGGAAAAUUAUUGUAUAGAUCAAAUGCAUGACGUAGCGGAGGGCAUCGUACCAUUUGUCCUUCACCAAGUGUUCCAAUAUAUAAUCGAAAAAAAAAUUUGUACCGAAGUUUCAUUAACUCAUAAAAUUCAAUUUUAUGAUUAUGGCAUUAUAGAAUCCAAAAAUGUACCAUCAAUGAUCAUGUUAUCAAAGCCAAACUUGAAUCAAAACGCAGCCCAGUCAAUGUGUCUCUUUAAAAACAUUCCAUACAUUUUAUCCGGAUUAAAAGAAAAAUUGAAUGAGAUUUGGAUUUGUGUCACAUCGCUUCAGAAAAUUAUUCAAACAAUUGAAUCUGAUAAAAUUCAUGAAAGUGAUUUAAUACUGUUGGAAUCGAAUAUUCACGACCACUUGGAAAGUCUUCAGAAUAUCUUCGGGGUGAAACUCAUUCCCAAGCAUCAUAAUCUUGUACACUAUCCCAGAGUGAUUCGAGCAAUGGGUUCAGUAAAAAAUAUGAGCACAAUUCGCUUCGAAGCAAAACAUCAAGUGUUCAAAAGUAUAUCGAGACAAAAUAAAAAUUUCAAAAAAUUGACGUAUACGCUAGCAAUGAAACACCAAAAAUUGAUUGCAAAAAAAAUGAAAACAUUCUCAAACAUUCUAGAAGUAAGCAGUAGUAAAGGAAAAGUUAUUUCCAGUGAUCAGUUACCGAUUAAUAUUAUGAAGGAUUCUGCAUUCGAGAUAAAACGACUUACAAUAG